AUGCAAGACUCAAUUGGAAUUCCUGCAUGUUUUUCUUCAACAAGUCAUGACGAUCAUCAAUAUCAUCAAGGAGCUGUGACACGUUCAGUAUCAGUGGAAAACCCCGAAAAGGAAACUCAAUAUAGCUGCAAGGUUGAGCUAAAACCAUGGUACUUUUGGAGGAAACAAGGUUCGAAACGGUUCGCAGUAGAUGGAAAAGAAGUUGAUGUUUUCUGGGACCUUAAAUCUGCAAAAUUCAACGGUGAAACCGAACCAACUUCAGAAUACUACGUAGCAGUUGUUUGUGAUGAAGAAGUUGUGUUGCUUGUUGGUGAUUUAAAGAAAGAAGCUUAUAAGAAAACCGGGUGUAGACCAUCACUCAUUGACCCGAUUCUUGUUUCGAAAAAGGAACAUAUAUUUGGAAAGAGAAAAUUCUCAACUAAAGCUAAGUUUCAUGAGAAAGAUAGGUGUCAUGAGAUUUGUAUAAAGUGUAAGAACAAAGGUAAUAUGAACGUUGUUGGAGAUGAAGAUAAAGUUAAAGUUGAACCAGAGAUGGAGAUAAGAUUUGACGGGGAGUUGAUGAUUCAUGUGAAGCAUUUGCAAUGGAAAUUCAGAGGGAAUGAAUCGGUUUAUCUAAACAAAACAAGAGUUGAGAGAAGUAGCAAUAGUACUUGUGAGUCAUUGGAGGGUCAUAGUGGCAGUGAUUCAUCAUCAUCAGAGUUUUGUUUGUUUCUAUAUGCUUGGAAGGUUGAAUGA